AUGGCUUGGCUGGCGAAGCUCGCGCUCGCUGUACUUCACUGCUUGUACCACCUGGUCCUGGUAUUGAAGUCCUUGGCUUCAAAAACACGCAAAAGCCCUAAGCUGUUGACUGCUCAACGCUCAAACGUACCCAGGCAUCUUGCUCUCGCCCUGGUCCCAAAUCCUCUCGACGAUGAGGAAACCAAUGAAAAGUACAUGCUCGACUCGGUUGAGAAGGUCGCAGAAUGGUGUCAAGUAGUAGGGAUUCCCAGGUUGACGGUGUACGAUCAGAAUGGGAUUCUUGCAAAUGCUUCUCUAGACAUUCGAGAGAGACUGUCACCUUCAGCGCAGGACCAGAGCACGAGCGAUUCACCUACGGAAUGUGAUAUCCAAUACCCUCCCACCCCUCCACCAUCCGACGGGGCCGAAUCAAGACCCCUCUCUCCUCGCUCCUUACCUAUACCCAAGCUAGGUGUCACCACGAUACAAGUCCCACAUAAUUCUACCCCCAAGCGGAGGUCUAAUAUCACCAAACUUGCCGUUAGACGUCGACGUGUUUCCCCAGGAGCCACCGAAAAGGGGGAGCCACCAUUAAUUCUACAUAUCCUCUGGUCCAAGUCGAGUAAAGCAGCAAUGGCGGCGGCGGCCACUGCUCUUCUCGAGGAAUUGAUAGACCUCAAGGCCAACGGGAACACUCUUGUUAUCCCAAAAUCUUCAAUAGCACAGCUCACCGCCGUGUUAGAAGGGGAUUAUGGAUUCCCUUCUCCUGAGCUCACGAUUGUCCACCAAAGGCCACCUGUUGAGCAGCUGUGUUGCCCCGUGGAGCUGCACGGACUGCCCCCUUGGCAGAUGAGGCUGACGGAAAUUUAUUGGGAGCCGUAUCAAACCGCUGUGCCGAGAAUUCCGUUGCGCUCUGCAGAAGCUCGCGUGUCGCACAUAGAGGAAGUCGAGUUCCGCAGAGCUCUGGACGAGUUCGCAUCUGCAGAGAUGCGUCUCGGCAAAUGA